AAAAAUAUUAGUGUCAAAAAAAUUACAUGGUAAAUAUCUACAUAAUUAAUAAACAUCAUAAGUCGGACUAUCGGACGAAUAUAACAUUAACAAACAAACAACAACAAACUGAGGAUUAGGCUAGAGGCUAGAAAAUCAAAAUAUCGCGAUGGGAAAAUUUUGUAGUAACGGUUUUAUAGGUUUCACAUAUGCAACCUAUUCAGUCGAGUGAUUAAAACUAUAAACAAAAUAUUCACCAUGACAUGAUUGUCAAUCAAAACUGACUGAUUAUUGUUGUUGGUGCAAAUAGUUUUAUUUUUGAAUACCUAAUAGUAGUACAUAAUAAAUCAAUAUGGUGAUAACUAAAGAUGUUACACUACCAGAUUGUGAAUCAUUAACCGUGCAAGAAAUCAACCUGUCCACUCCCACGUUGAUGUCCGCUGCCCCUUACCUCGGGAAACUAUGCGAAAAUGUCAACAACGAAUUCAUGCUUUGUCGGCAAGAAACCCAGGACCCUCGCGCUUGUGUGGAUCUCGGAAAACGUGUAACAUUUUGCGCUCUAAAAGUAUUCCGUUCUAUUAAAGCUGAAUGCCGCAAUGAAUUCAACCAAUACGCUGAAUGCAUCAAUAAGAGCUCGGGAGAUAACAGUUUUGAGUACUGUCGAAAGACGCAAGCUGUGUUCGAUAAGUGCAUGAAAGAUAAACUGUGUGCUGAGCGGCCGGACUUCGGGUACUUUUGUCGAGGGCGUGUGCACAAGAGUCGCAGUGAACCACAGCCCGGGCCUCCUUGCCCGUGCGUACCCAAGGUUAAAGAUCCAACUCCUUCUUUGCCAGACUGCCACCAGCGUAAACCAGCCCGAUUUGGUAGUCGGUUUUGGUGGAUGACGGAAUAGUUCAAACCUACCACAACGUAGUUCAGUACGCCGGAUGUACGACUAAUUUUGUCACGCAUGGAGCUUUGUAAUUACAUAUAUAAUUAGUGGAAUUCUAAAUAUGUUGUGAAGAUAAACACGAAUAAUAAUUGUUUGCUUAGUGUCACUAUUAGUACUAUACUGUAUAAGUACUCACUCGGUAUCGUAAUGACUAAUUACAGUUGUAACCGGCAA